UUUAUCUAAUAGUAAAACAGAUGUAAUCUGCCAGGUCAUGAUGCCAUUUCACAUUUUAACAACCACUAUCCCAGCAAUUAAACUAAUGCUAGAUCAUGAAAUCUACAGGGACGAGGCUGAGACCUUGACUUGAGAUAACAUGAAACCUGUCUCACAGGGAGACCUCACAAUAUCCCUCCCACAAGGCAUGGACACACAAACACACUCACACACAGACCCACACAGGGCAGACUUUGCUCUUUUAAGACCAUUGUAGGAAUAAUUUACAUGUCAGGUGAAUCUUUUUGCUACACUCCAAAGAACACAAACCACAGACACAAAAUCAUAUUUCCCACCUGGGGUUACAAAAACGUGCUCUGUUUUGUUGUUUAAAGUUACACACAAUUUUAAGGUCAUCUGCGCAAAAGAACUUGACAAGAGCUAUGUGGAGUGUGUUGGUUUUACUGCUAACUCUGGCUAGUGGGGUUCUGUCUUUAGACAUGCUCAACAUGUGCAUGGAUGGCAAACAUCACAAAAGAAAACCUGGCCCGGAAGGAGAACUCUAUAAGCAGUGCUCCCCAUGGAGAGAUAACGCAUGCUGCAAUGCUAACACCAGUGCAGAGGCUCAUGAAGAUAACUCCUAUCUGUACAACUUUAACUGGAACCACUGUGGAAUCAUGACACCCAAGUGCAAGCAACACUUCAUCCAGGACACCUGCUUCUAUGAGUGCUCACCUCACCUGGGGCCCUGGAUACAGGAGGUGAACCAGGACUGGCGUAAGGAGCGAAUUCUCCACGUGCCUCUGUGUCAGAAGGACUGCCACAACUGGUGGAACGAUUGUCAAGAAGACUUCACCUGCAAGCAGAACUGGCACUCUGGCUGGAACUGGUCCACAGGUUAUAACCGUUGUCCUGCUGACACUCCAUGUCGUAAGUGGACAGAUGUUUUCCCUACAGCCCAGGUGAUGUGUGAAAAGAUCUGGUCGGACUCCUACAGCUACACCACUCUCUCCAACACCUCCGGUCGCUGCAUGCAGCUGUGGUUCACCGGACCCAACCCCAACGAAAAGGUGGCGGAAUACUACUUAAACCCUGCCGUCUCGCAACGCUCCGCCACCACGACACUCCUCCUGUUGGCGACAGUGUCAUUAAGCAUGGUCCUGCCCUGAAUAAACCCAGAGAUGAUUGUG